AUGGCAAAGUGCAUAAAAUGGUUGUGGGAUUACCGAAAUUAUGUGAUUACCUUUCUGACACCUCUGCUGCUAUUGCCUUUACCUGUAAUUGUCAACACUUCGGAGGCAAAAUGUGGCUAUGUGCUCAUUCUGAUGGCUCUGUACUGGUGUACAGAAUGCAUCCCUUUGGCAGUGACAGCACUUCUUCCUGUUAUCUUUUUCCCAAUGAUGGGCAUCAUGAAAGCUGAUCAGGUUUCUGUCCAGUACUUGAGUGAUACAGCAAUACUGGGUGUCGGCGGGCUAAUGGUGGCCAUAGCUGUAGAGUACUGGAAGCUACAUGAACGUCUUGCCAUAGGUGUGCUUCUGCUGGUGGGAAUAAGGCCAGCAUUUUUGAUGAUGGGGUUCAUGAUCAUCACAGGAUUUCUCUCGAUGUGGAUUAGUAGCAUGGCCUGCACAGCUAUUGUUCUACCCAUUGUCAGUGCCAUACUAGAGCACAUCAGAAAGACUGAGACUGAGGCUGAGGAGAAGGAGCUUAAACAAAGCAGAGCCAAUGAGGCUUUCAACAUCAGACCUGGUAACCAGCAGCAGAUUCUUUUGCUUGCAGAAAAGGAUGUGAGUCCAGAGGAAGAUUUAAGAAUUGAGCAGAGGAGGGUAGAGAUGGAGCAGAAGUACCUGAAUAUUACCAAAGGAAUGAGCCUGAGUGUAUGUUAUGCUGCCAGCAUAGGAGGCACAGCCACCCUUACUGGCUCCUUCCCCAACCUCAUCCUCAAAGGCCAGAUUGACAGGUUAUUUCCAGAGAAUGAUGACGUGAUCAACUUUGCCACUUGGUUUGGUUUCUCCUUCCCUAACAUGUUGCUGAUGCUGACUGUCUCCUGGCUAUAUCUUCAGUUUAUGUACUUUGGGUUAAAUGUAAAAGAAUCAUUUGGCUGUGGAAUGACCAGAAGCAUUGAACGACAGGUGCAUGAGAGCAUCAAAUUAAAAUACAGGAAGCUUGGGAGCAUGAGUUUUGCAGAGUGCUGUGUGCUUGUGCUGUUUAUUCUCCUUGUGCUGCUCUGGUUUACACGGGAGCCUGGUUUUAUGCCGGGCUGGGCAUCAGUACUCUUCAACCAGGAAGGAAAGUUUGUGACAGAUGGAACAGUUUCUCUUUUUAUUGGUCUGUUAUUUUUCAUCAUUCCUUCCAAAGUUCCAAGAUUGUCAUGUCAUACUGGCAGCAAUGAGGUGAAGGCCCCACCAACCCUGUUGCAUUGGAAAAUGGUACAGAAAAAACUGCCAUGGAAUAUUUUGUUACUGUUAGGAGGGGCUUUUUCACUCGCCAAAGGUUGUGAGGUAUCCAAACUGUCUGUAUGGCUUGGACAAAGUCUUGAGCCUCUGGGCAAAAUCCCACCAGUUGCUCUUAUUUUUGUGCUCUGUCUAGUGGUGACCAUGCUUACUGAGAUCUGCAACAAUGUAGCAGUCAGCACCAUUAUACUGCCUAUUUUGGCCUCCAUGGCUAAGGGCCUUUCUAUAAACCCACUGUACAUCAUGCUGCCCCCUACAAUUGGUUCCUCAUUUGCCUUCAUGCUCCCUGUUGCCACACCACCUAACGCACUCACGUUCGCCUAUGCCAAACUUAACAUAAUGGACAUGGUAAAGCCUGGAAUUGUACUGAACCUGCUCGGUACUGUCUGCAUUAACUUUGCUGUCCUGACUUGGGGUACUGCAAUCUUCAAGUUAAACGAGUUUCCUGCAUGGGCCAACAUUACUACCUCUCAGAGCCACAAGUGAACAUUUCUUCCUGCUCGUACCAGCUUCUCUGUAAGGACUCCCCAAAGAACUAAAGCUCAAUACCACUGAGCAAAGUUUGGACAUUAACUGGAAAUGGAUUUGAAAGGUAGAGAGUGAACAAACAUUUUUACAAACUGCACCUUGCCUUGGAGCUAAAUGAUUUGCAUUUAUUAAAUCAACCUUAGUAGAUACAUGAGGCUGUGAUUUACUAAUAUUCCAGCUGAAGAAAACAAGUUAGUUUAUUCAAGUACAUAAAUAAUACAUAUUUUUGCACUUCAAAACAUAAU